GCGUCACCCUUUUAUCAUUGCGACAUAGAUCAUGUUGCGGGAAAUUUCUGUAACACGAGUCAUGUUGUAGAAAUUUUUGCAAGAUUUUUUUUUGCAACAGAGGUCUUGUUGCAAUUUAGUAUUUUUGCAACAAAGGUCUCGCUUUAAAUUUAUUUUUUCUUCAACAAAAGUCUUGUUGCAGUUUCUACUACAACAGAGACCUUGCUGCGGAAACUCAUCGUAGUGGAUAUUGAGCAGCGAGCAGUGAGCAGUGGCCACGUUGACCGAAAGAAAGAAAAAAGACCGCUCGCGUUGGAAAAGGCAGCUAUGGUGUGCCGUACAUGGCAGCAGUGCACGAAGUAGUGUAUGCGGCAGUAAAAAUCAAACACACAUGGAUAAGCAUCAGCUAAUACCCACGAGGACCAUGCACGGAUGGACGUGGAGACACUGUGUAUUGCGGGAGAAACGGAUCAGGGAUCCAACGGCACAGCGGGUGGCGGACGCGCGCUAAAUAUCAGUCGGGCGAAACUAAUCGUUUCCCUUUUGGAAAACGCUUGCUUUUGCCCAACUGAUUUUGGGGAGAAAAUCAGUCACGCCUCGCACGUGCCACGUGUUCCCGUCAGUCCCACCCAACCCAUCGUACAUCCUUAUCUCCAGCGCGAGAACGCGAGCCAUCCAUCUCCCUGCUUUUUACUCUUCGUGGACGCGUGCUCGUGCUCGCCUAUGCCAUGAGGGAUGCAGCUCAAGCUCCCUAGGCCGCUUCUUUUUUGCGAAAAAACUUUCAAUUUAUUCAUCUUCAAUCAUGGCAGUACAACGAACACCAGAAAUAAAAUUACAUCCAGAUCCGUAGACCACCUAGCGGCGACUACAAAUACUGAAGCGAACCGAAGGCGCGCCGCCGUCAUCACCCCUCCAUCGUCAGAGUCGGGCACAACUUGUUGUAGUAGACAGUCAGGAAGUCUUCGUGCUAAGGCCCCAUAGGACCAGCGCACCAGAACAGCAACCGCCGCUGAUGAAGAAUAACGUUGGUUGGAAGGAUUCAACCCGAAGACACACGAACAUAGACGAACAAUGACGAGAUCCGAGCAAAUCCACCAAAGAUAGAUCCGCCGGAGACACACCUCCACACGCCCACCAACGAUGCUAGAUGCAUCGCCGAAACGGGGGCUAGGCGGAGAGACCUUUAUUCCAUCUUCAAGGAGCCGCCGCCGUCUCGCCUUCCUGAACAUGACACAAACCCUAACAAAAUAGGAAAAAACGACUGAAAACGGAGCCCUCCCGCCAGCCCUUGGCAGGAUCCACCGCACCCCCGUGGCCCUAGGCCGCUUCAAUAAAUGCCAUAGAUGAUGCACAAGCAAAGGUCAUUCUACAUUACAACGCUCGUCAGCGGCUGGAGCGCUGCGAUGCAGCAGAGGCACCGUUGCUUCGACGCAGCGCUUGCCGGCCGUUGCCGGUGAUGCGAUGCAGCCUUGCCGGUGCGCUGGAGCUGCAAUGCAGCGGCCGCGAUGCUGCAGAGAUUCAUUGUGCUCCAGUGCAGCGCUUGCCGCGGCUGUUCGUGCUGCGAUGCAAAGCUCGUCGGCGCUGCUGGAGCUGCGGUGCAGCGGGCGCGACGCCGAAGAGAUACAUCAUGCUCCAAUGCAGCGCUUGCCGCGGCUGUUCGUGUUGCGAUGUAGAGCUCGUCGGCGCUGCCGGAGCUGCAGUGCUGCGGGUGCGACGCCGCCGGAGCUGUAAUGCAGCGGUUGUGACGCUGCCGGAGCUAUGAUGCAGUAUGCAGAGCUUGCCGGGCGGCUGUCGGUGCUGUCAAAACUGCAAUGCAUCGCUCGCGACGCUGCAGAGAGAUCGCCGGUGCUUUGAUGCGGCAGUCGGCGGCGGCUGCGUUGCUGUGAUGUAGCAUCGUCGGGCCUCCAGUGAUGCAUUGAAGCACCGUCCUGAUGGAUCUGACGCGAGAGAAGGAUGUGAAGCUAGAAGAGAAAGACACACUGCUGUAGUCCCGCAAUCUGAUGGCCACGCACGCCUGAAUCAAAUGGCUGGUUUGUUGUGGCCGGUGUGGCUGCUCGAGAUGGGAGAAUGCGAUGGCCAUUGACGACGAGCGAUGGAGCGGGUGCUGCGCUGCAGCGAUCGGGGUCAAUUUUUGCAGUUGUCCCUGUUCUCCUCCAGGCUCCACUGGCGCAAAUCGGACGGCCACGCGACGCCUCAUCCAACAGCUCACGAGGCGGUUUAUAAUUGCCUCGCGUCAGCCGGAUGACACCUAGCAGUGGCCAUUAUUUUUGGGCGCAUUGGUACUGGUCUUGAGGUAUAUUGCGGACCCAGAGAUUCUUGAGGCGAUUGCGAUAAGGAAAGGAUUAGCACUAACGAAGGACCUCUACCAAAGAUGUAUCCAUGUUGCAUCUGAUUGUAAACAGGUGGUGAAGGAUAUGAAGAAGGAGAUUGCGUCCUCCUAUGGAGCCAUUGCACAUGAAAUAAUACACCAUUCCUUAGAAUUUGAUUUUUGUAAGGUUAGCCAUGAAUUUAGGAGCUCAAAUUAUGAAGCUCACAAAUUAGCGAAGCAUGCUUUAUCUUUCGGGGUCGGACGCCGUGUGUGGCUGGGCCACCCCGGAGAUCUUUCCUCCGUCCCUGUAAACAUUGUGGCGACUUAAUAAAAGCUUUGUGAGGUUGUCUCAAAAAAAAACAUAGGACUUACCUAAUACGGCAGUUAACCAAAGUCUUUAGUUUUUUUUUUUGCGGGUGCACCAAAGUCUUCAGUUUGUUUGUACGUUGCCUAAUAGACCCCGCUGCUUCCGUUUGUAACGUUGCCUAAUAAGACGCUGUUUCUACCUAUUACGUAAUAGAUUCCGACUGCAACUAUAGGAUACGAUCCGGACAGCCUGAAGCGCCCUAUAAGUACAUCCAUCGAUCUGUAGCUACGCGUUCUCGUUCUAGCCUUCUUGUUCAGACGCGCUCAUACGGUUCCGACCUAGGUGCGCUCCAGACAAAUCUCCUCGGGCUUCAGCAGCCGCCAUGGCCAUGGCGGAGCCAUGCUAUCCCGUGCUCCCGGACCAUGUCAUCGAGGACAUCUUGGCGCGGCUGCCGGCCAAGACGGUGCUCCGGUGCCGCUGCCUCUCUCGCGCCUGGGCGGCCACGCUCUCUACGGACGACUUCGCCGACCGCCACCUCCGUCUCGCCAACCGUCACGGCAGCCCCAGGAUUCUCAUCAUGCAGGCCGCGCUGUCUCGCGAGUCACUCCCGAAGAUCCACGCGUGGUCGCCGGAACACCCUGCCUGCACGACGCUCAUGGAGUUCCACGGCGCGGUCACACGGUGUAACCGCGGUCCGCUGUGGCCUCUCGUCAGACGCAACGGCCGGAACACCGACGCGGACAAUGUCGUUCCACUUGUCGUCACCAUGCAGUGUCGCGGCCUGGUCAUCGUCGAGGCCAUCGGUGCAGGGUUACACUUCGUGUUCAACCCAUCCACGGGCCAGAUGGCGGCCCUCCCAGAGGGCCGGCACAUAGGCUUCCCCAUACCUGACCGUAGGUAUGCGAGUCUAGGGAUCGGCUACGACACGAUCAGUAAGAAACACAAAGUUGUACGUGUCUACUACCGCGGAUCCGACGUGGAUAACCUCCCGGCAUCUGGCGCUGGAUGCGAGGUCUACGUGGUAAACUCCGGGGGGCUUUGGAGGCCGGCGAACGGCGGCGCCCGGGAGAGACCGCCGGGCUGGGUAAAGCAAGAUGGCAAGAGCGUAUUUGCACAAGGUCAUGUGCAUUGGUUGGCCAGGAGCAAGCUCAACCCCCCUAAUAAGCGGGAAACUUGGGCUUUCAUCGCCACUUUCUCUCUCAGCGACGAGACUUUUGGGACCGUGCAGUUCCCACUCAACGAGCAUUGCAAUAGCGUACUUGGGCACUACUUGACGGAGAUGGGCGGGCGCCUAUGCCUCAUUAGCUGGGUACUCAAGAAGGUCGAAUGGUCACGGCCGCAUCUCUACUACAUCUGGCUACUAAGGAGACAUGAAACUAGCACCUGGGAUCUGCACUGCAUAAUCGACCUGGACACGUCGUCGCCGGAGGUACUUAGGUUCAUGCACGCCCGUCAAUUCGUCAGCCCACUCGCCAUGAUCGACAACGGUCGUCGCGUCGUCCUCGUACAUGUACAACCACGCCACCUCCAAUUCGACAGCGCAGCAGAUUUCGAAUUGUGCGCGUACAACCCUGAAACCGGCGAUAUGGAGAAUCUCCUGGACCAAAGUGGCUUGCUCUCUAAUCAAGGCAUGGUCAUAGGGCAGCCCACAUUCUACGAGGAAAGCAUCGCCUAUCCCGGGCAGCCGCACGAGGACAUAAUCUUCGCCAUGUCACUGGUGCUACGACAGAUGUCGAAGCGCACUCUUACAAGGCUCAGGUUUGUUUGCCGGAGCUGGCGCGCAAUGAUCGAGAGCAGCGACUUUCUCGAGAAACGACGUAGGGUGCUCAUGCGUAGUAUGUGCAGAUUUUGAAACUACUGAAACAAUUACUCAUCGAAUAUAUAUGUUGUGUACUUGUACAUAAAAGACUAGACCAUAUGAUGAUGCCCGUUGCCAUGCUCGCCAUUUUUUGCAAU